ACUCUAUUCUGUCGCAACAAAGACCAUCAAUGGUUUCACUUUCUCCCACACCGCUCACAGAAGACGUGUGUGGACGGCUCGCUUCUGUUCCCUGAAGACUGGGAUUUUCCAACACUUACACAACUUUUUGACGGAUCUUAACUUUUAAUCAAAGGAAUCAAACAACACAGCACAGAUUGGAGUCAUGUUUACAGCUUCAUCGGUUAACAUGAGAUGCUUACUGGGAGUGUUUAUGGUGUUAGCUGUCUCAGCGAAUAAAGAUGAGAACAUCGAAGGCGUCGCAGGAAAAGAUGUGCUUCUGCCAUGCAACUGCCCACGCAGUACCCUGAAAAUAGAAUUGCACUGGCAAAUGGAACCAUCCGUACUUGUGAUUUACCAAGGCGACUUGGUUGGAACAUACAAGGGCAGAGCCAUCAUAUUUCUGAAUGAUAGAGAGAAGAGCGGCAACUGCUCUCUUCGCCUGGUCAACAUCACCACAAAUGAAACGGGAAGAUACAGAUGCAGUUUCUUUCAAGAAGGAGUGUACAAGAAAUUUUUCAUAAACCUCACAGUGUCUGGUAGUGCAACUCAAACCCGUGUCGAAACAACAUCAAACGGCUGCAUUCGAUUCUUCAAAAUCAUCCCCACUAUGUUGCUGCUCGGAUUUUGCCUGGUCUGUGGUGCCAUGGUGAGAGAGUAAGUCAUUAAAUCAACCUGGACUCUUCUGUGUUGAUCGGUCAAACUUUUUAUUUGAUAACAAGGACAAGAGAAGAGGAGGGUCACAACUUCUGUGCUGAAUUCUAAUGUGGAAACAGUUUCACCUGAACUGUGGUUAGUAAUGAAUGUGGUUUCAAGCUCAUGCGGAGGCUGUUUCCAGACAGGUUUCAUCCUGUAUCCAGCCACAGAUGGAUUUUUGUCAACUGUUAAAAGAGAAAGAGGAAGAGAGGGUAAUGUGUCUGACCUUGAACUUGUACGUUUAAAUGUAUUUGGUUACAUCUCAGGUAUAACCAAAAGCAAAGAAUUGUGAAAAAUCCUCUUUCAACUAAAAACAACUGCUGUAGUUCCUGUAGCAUAUGACCAACAGUGAAACUUCAUAUUAAAAACAAGUACUAACUACAAAGGCAACAGCAUACCUCCGACAAGGCCCAUAGUCCUCUCAAAUUCAAUCAAGCUGCACCAAAUUUUACACACUCAUGGAUUAUAGCCCCCCAAAUACUGCAGAAUUUAUUCAUCAAGAUCCAUUCAAUAUUUUCUGGAUAAACUUGGAAAUUGUUGAAAAACGCUCUCACAAUGUUGAAAAAAUGUAGUUAAAUCGUGGAUGUGACCACUGAUUCUGAUCCACCUUAAAUCUCCAUGGGUUUUUCACUGAGACAUCCUUCCACCGAGUAUCUUGGAAGUCUGUCCAGUUGUCUUUUUGUAAUUCUCUUAACAAACCAACACAAAAUGCCUUGACAGAGGUAAAUCACACAUUAUUUGCGAAACCAUAUGACGUAUGAUGUAUUCUAAAAGGAUUCCGAUGGAGUUACAUACUUAAUAGGUAGUGUGACAAUCUUGAGUAAAUCACAAUUGCUUUCUCUGUGUUUUCAGUCUUUAUGUUCUCAAUGUUGUUCAUCCUUACAGAAUAACUGAAAUGUGAUCCAUUUGGUGAUUUAAUACUUUCUGUCAUUAAUUACAUGUGAAAAAAAUAUUAUUACAGAGAUUUACUAUAUAAGUAUAUUAAUAUGGUUUUGUUUGGAACAACUGUAUAAAAUAUUCACUGCAUAUUAUGAACACAAUAUUUUCGAUGUUUUAUAAUUGUACCAUCUACAGCAAAUACGGUGUUUUCGAUCCAUUUAUUGGGGGUUUUCUUCAUAAGGUCCUAUGACAGGCACUUUCUUUGUUUUACACCAAUCAACCAUGGCAUUAAAACCUGUCACUUGAAAUUGUGGCUGAGGGGUGCUCAAGGAUAUGUUCUGCUGAAAUCUGUUCUUCUGUAACAUGUGACCGGCAGGUUGAUUUGAAUGUUGUUGCUUUGCUGGAUUUGUUACACCUUUGUAAAUAAACAGGUUAAUGUAAUUUUAUGUAAUAUGUAGUAGGUUUUGGACGGAGCCCCAGUGGCAUGUUUGAUCAUAUCAUUCAACCCUGAGAACUGUAAAAUAAUCAGGAAUCUGAAGCAAGAUGGAGGAGAGGGACUUGCAAUAAUAUGUGACUUUUUUUUUCAUUUUUAAAAGUCCGGAAGUAAGCCUACUGUUCCUUGGAAAUACGUUGGAAGGAAAGCAUAAUAAUCCUUUCACCCAUAUGACCUCAUUUUGAGUCUGUGAUGUGUGCCAAUCACUUAAAAGUCUUGGCCAAAUAUUUCAUCAUAUUGGCAAUCAGUCACUCUGUUGUUGGAGUUCCAACAUGCUUAUUGCUGGUUCAGGGAAUGUGCACAGACAACAACUACAAACUUAAUUUUUUUUAGCUGAAAGAGUGUGAACUUUCAGCAGUUUGUUUUUACAGAUUUGUGAGCGAGAGAGAGAUAACCGGUACGGCAUCAAAUAAACAUAUUCGUGUUGGUUUUCCGCAUUAUCUACCAGAAAUUCGCGCAGACAUUCCCCUGUACCACCAUGAGGGCCAAUAUAUGCAAGAUAAGUUCAUUAACUGAAAGUAAAUAAACAAAGGCUGGUUCAAAAAAUUUAAGUUUAGAACACUGAUUUCAUUUAUUUUCUAUUUUUUUCAGCAGCCACAUGCAUAUUAUUACAUUACCUUACAUUUACAUAUAAAGUAAAUCGUUUUGGGAAAUACACAUUCACAAAACAUGAACAGAUGAUAAUGGGGUGAUCGAGGACAAUGGUCUCUCAACUGUAAAGAAUGUCGGUUCCCUGAGAAGCCCCCAAUGUCAAAUCACAUAAUGAAUAAAUGGUUAUUGUUGAUUGCUGAUGAUUGAAAUUUUAUUGGUUUCUUAAAACAUGAUACACAUUUAAUAUAAUGUUUUAAAUCAAUAUUACUGUUUCUUUAUUUAAGAUAAUGUUCUUUAUGAAAUAAAUAUGGCUUUACAUGUUAAUAUAAAUUAUGACAUUUUUAGGAAUAAUAUACAUUUUCUUGUUCAUUUUCUCAUUAUACUUUUUACAAUCGGUUAAUAUUGCCCCUGGUGUGCUUAAAGCAAGGUGAUUUAGGCUUCUUUUUUUUAAGUCUGACACAAGUGUCCCAGAUGAUCAAAUUCAGGCAGAAUUUUAUUUAUGGCAUAAAGAACACUAACAGCUAUGGCAUGUCUCCUUUUAUUAUGAUAUCCUGAUAUCUUCUUCUUGAUUGGUUGGAAAACAUAUUAAGGAAUAGAGAAAUGAAUAAUAUGUUGAUCUAAUAUGUAAAACAAAUAUCGGAAGAUUAGCCAAAUACAAAUAUAAUUUGCAUCAGGAAGUCCCUAAAUGCAUAUUUACCCAUUAAAGAACUUAAAUAAUUGUUACCGAAAGCAUGCUGUCCCACAUGAUCAACAUGACUGAUCAUGUGGUCGAGCCGAAAAAUGUUUUGGAAAAAUAAGUGAAAAACAUUUUAAACAACUCCAUAGACAUACAUUAUUAUUAUGUUGUUGUUGUUGUUGUUGUCCUGUUUUACUGCACACCUAAUUCCUAACUUCAACACAGAUAAUUAUUUACAGAAGUUGAAAUAGUAUGCAAUAUUAUUCCUGAAUCGAGUUUACGCUUUAAAGGUACUUACUGAGAAUAAAAUCGGUGCUCAUCAACCAAAACGUAAAGGAACGCCCAGUAGACGUGCUACGUCAUCACUGCGUCUGACGUUGUGAGAUAACAGGAAGUAACACGGGCGGCUACGGAGCUAGCUCGAGGCUAGUGAGCAGAAAUGAAUCUGAACCUAAUACGUAGUUCUGUGUGUUUUCACAGGCCGGAACAAGAGUGACGUUUUAUCCACGUACUGGUGCAGUGCACAUCCACACAAGGAAUCUGCCAUGGGCCAACGGAGGAGAGCGGCAGCUUUGAGCAAUCCUUCAUCUCAGGGAAAAUCUGGAGCUCCUGCAGAGUCUGUCAGGGUCCUCAACAGGAAGCACAGCAUUUGCAUGGUGUCCGACUUCUUCUAUCCAAAUAUGGGAGGAGUAGAAAGUCACAUUUACCAGCUUUCCCAAUGUCUGGUUGAAAAGGGACACAAGGUGGUAAUCGUCACCCAUGCCUAUGGAAGGAGGAAGGGUCUUAGGUACCUGACCAAUGGACUUAAGGUCUACUACCUUCCCCUGCAGGUGAUGUACAACCAGUCCACAGCCACUACCUGUUUCCACAGUCUCCCACUGCUGCGCUGUGUGUUCUUCAGAGAACGCAUCACUGUGGUGCAUGCACACAGUUCGUUUUCUGCUCUGGCCCAUGAUGCACUGUUCCACGCCAAGACCAUGGGCCUGAACACGGUAUUCACUGACCACUCACUCUUUGGCUUCGCUGACAUCAGCUCUGUGCUGACCAACAAGCUCCUGACUGUGACGCUGUGUGAUACCAACCACAUUGUGUGUGUGUCGUACACCAGUAAAGAGAACACGGUGCUCCGAGCAGCGCUCAACCCAGAGAUAGUAUCUGUUAUUCCCAACGCUGUUGACCCUUUGGAUUUUACCCCGGAUCCCUCCCAGCGCCCAGACGACAGAAUCACCAUUGUCGUCAUCAGCCGUCUUGUCUACCGCAAGGGAAUCGAUCUUCUUGGUGGCAUAAUCCCAGAGCUCUGCCUCAAACAUCCAGAUCUGCACUUUCUAGUUGGUGGAGAGGGGCCGAAGAGAAUUGUGUUGGAGGAAGUGAGAGAGAAGUACCAGCUGCAUGACAGGGUGCGUCUUCUUGGCGCGUUGGAGCAUAAAGAUGUCUGCAGCGUUUUGGUGCAGGGUCACAUCUUCCUCAACACAUCACUGACCGAAGCGUUCUGCAUGGCCAUUGUGGAGGGAGCCAGCUGUGGACUUCAGGUGGUCAGCACCCGUGUCGGCGGCAUUCCUGAAGUGUUACCUGAAGAUCUGAUCACCCUGUGUGAGCCCACUGUUGGCUCGCUGUGUGCUGGCCUAGAAACAGUUAUCGCCCGGCAGCGGUCCGGCUCUGUCCCCUCCCCCGCAUCCAUCCAUUCACGUGUGCAGACCCUCUACACCUGGAGAAACGUUGCAGAGAGGACUGAAAAAGUCUACGACAGAGUGGCUGGAGAGGAGGUGCUGCCUUUGGACAGACGGUUACGGAGACUUAGGGCUCACUGCGGCCCCGUAGCCGGCUCCAUCUUUGCAUUCGUGGCUGUUGUAGACUUCCUCUUCCUGCUUCUCCUGCAGUGGUGGUUGCCAGAUCGGUUCAUGGACAUCGCCGUGGACGCCACCGGCCCUCACGGACUGUGGAGGCAUGAAACGAGCAGUAAAAAAGAAACCCAUUCUAAAAGAUCUGCGGAACCAGAAGCAGAACUCCAUCACUCUAUACCUCCGUCUCACUCCUAGCUGCAACUACUAAAUGCUGAAUGUGCUCACGGUAACUCCAAACACUGUUUACAUUUACUUAUCAAAGGGAUCUUGUUUGAAAGCAUUCUAUUUAAGAUUUUAUUUUUAUAUUUACAAAUUAAAAUGGAAAUCUGCAGGAGCCCGAGCGACUGUAAUAAGCACUUUUUUGAUUUGGUAAACACAUUAUAAAUAGCACUGACCAGGGUGAGUAAAAGGGCUUAUAAAUUGUACUCUUACCGUUUCAUUGUUCUAAACUGCAGUGAAUUAUUUCCAGUGUACUUUUUAUGUUUAGUGCAAAUUUGUAUUUAUUUUAUUUUGAUACCACUAAUUUUACUCCGGUUUAUCUUUUCUCUCCUUUGCGAUUUACUGAAUAUUAAACCCGGGAGUUUUCUAAGACGAUUGUGUGACUACCAGACGUCCCACUCCAGAAAAUAAAGUGUACUUUAAUUCA